AUGAGAAUGAAGGUACUUAUGAAAAUCUAUAAAGUUUCGGAAACAAUUGAUCCUGGUACAUUGGACCCAGACAAAAACAAUGUCGCCAUUGGAUUACUACCAGAAUGUCUUGUUCUACAAUUGCCAUUACCUAUUUCAGUGUUGAUUAACGUCUCGGCUAAUGCAAAAUUUACCACUGGAAAGGGGCUGACUCAAGGUGAUCCUCUCUCCCCGUUUCUCUUUCUGAUAGUUUCAGAAGCUUUAAACCUCUCGUUGCAAACAGGUAAUGAGCAAGGUUACUUAGGAGGUUUCUCGAUGAGCCAAAAUGGUGUACACAUAAGUCACUUACAGUUCGCGGAUGAUACGUUGGUGUUCCUGGACGACUCCAUUGAACAAAUGAACUUCUUGAGGUUUUAUAUGCUUGGAUUUGAAAUGCUCUCAGGUUUGCAUAUAAAAUUUCAAAGUGCAGCAUUUUUGGUGUGGCGGGAAGUGAAUUUGGCUCCAAUGGCGAGGAUGUUAGGGUCAAUCCAGAGGUUUUGCCUUCUUCGUACCUUGGUCUCCCACUGGGAGACUCCUUAUUGGGCGCUCAGAAGUGGGAAAGUAUCAUUGACAGAAUCUCUACCCUCUUGGAAACGUUCAAGCCUCUCUAAGGCGGGUAAAUUAACGUUAAUCAAAAGUGUUCUGUUAAGUAUCCCUAUACACAUGCUUUCUCUCUUUAUAGCUCCUCCAAAAGUUGUUAAAGCAAUUGAAAAGGUCAUAAGAGAUUUUUUAUGGGACGCCGCAGACACCAAGAAAGGUUAUCAUUAUGUCAAAUGGAAGACAUGUUGCUUACCGCUUAAAGCAGGGGGCUAG